AUGAACCCAGCCGAUGACUCUUCGGACCGUGUUCGGACCAAGUCGACGUCUGCAAUCACAUCCUCCAGUUUUUUCGAGGCAGCUCGAAAUUCGUUGCCAGACUUACACAGUCAGCCUUGCGACCGGGGAACACUUGAUCCCACUUUUAUCGAAUCCCUUCAAGGCAGCGACACUGAUACUGUUAUUAAACACCCCACGCUGCCCCAACAACAAAAGAAGGACGCAGGUUCUCCACCAAUGCCAAUCCCACGUCAUAUUAAUGCCAUUUCUCCCGGUUCAUUGUCACUCGAAUCGGAUCGAAUUGGAACAGACAAAGGCCAAAGCAUCUCACCAGAGUCGGUGAAUCCGCUACUUGUGAGGCAUAGUUCAGACAACCCAUCAAAAUUGGAGCAAGCUCAAUCACUUAUUGUUGGUCCAACAUGGAAUAAAUGGACCAUCCUUCUUGGUCUCUAUUUGAUUAUGGUUAUCUUCUUUAUAGUACUCACUAUUCUUUCGGCUUUGACAUUGAAGGAAAGUCGCAACAAGGUGAGGGAUGUGAUGCACGGGCUAAAUGAUGACGAACGGCGCCAGGUAAUUGACUUGUUGAGCACCAUUUAUUGGAGCUCUAGGGUCCCGAUCGUCAAUGCAACAUAUAACGAUAUAGUCCUAGAUUAG